AUGAAGGUGGAGUGGCCAGAGCUAAGAGGAGUGAGUGGACUUCAAGCAAAGGCAACAAUAGAAAGUGACAAUCCACUUGUGACUGCUUUCAUUUACCCUCAAGGUGUUUAUUUACCAUCGAUCAAUUGUUGCAACCGUGUUAUUCUCUAUGUUCCAGCCGAAGAUUGUCCUAAUGGUCCUGUCCAAAACCGUCUACUCGUCGGAUGA